CGAUCACGCGAUCAGUGUAGCACGACGACAAAUGAGCGUCGCACGAUCCAAUAAUCGUGCCAUAUUAACUGGGGCCCAUCCCAAGUGUAUAAAAGAUGUCCCAAUUGGAAUCGAACCUCAGUGUAUCAUACGAAAAGGACAUGUCAACGUCGAAGAGCAGUUCUUUAUUGAGACUCAAUCAAGAGGGCCGUGGGGCCAACGAUUGGCAGGACCACGACACAGACUCAGAGAUCAGCGAGAACGAGUUUUUGACGAAAGGUGCUUUUCUACUAACGCCCAGCCACGAUCUCAGCAUGGAGAAGGCGGCGACCAUUUGCGAGAAAAUGAACUUCCGUGGCGCUUUUUCCCUCACGAAAACGGCUACAGGAAUUUUAUUCAAGUUUAGUAACAUCGACGAUUAUCAGGCGGUUUACAAGAAAGGUUUUCACAAGGUCACUGGAGCUCGAUUUUACAAAAAAGUUGCCAUACCGUGCAGACCGGCGAAGACGUUUACGGUCUACGUGCUGGAUGUACCCGAGGAAGUACCGGAAGACGACAUCAGGCACGCCCUGUACAAGUAUCGAUCUAUCGUCGAAGUAACGAGACUGCCUCUGCACACCGGAACUGUGCUGAAGGCCAUUAAUGACAAAUUGAGAGGCGAUGCCCUAAAUUUCAACGAGCCAGCCACUAUUUACACAGGACCACCGGUAAUAAGAGUUACCCUAGCUAGUGUGGAGGAGACCUCGUUGUUACUGAGCCGGGGUUUGGAUUUUUAUGGGGCCACAUAUUUCCCAACUGAAACACCCCAUCCUGCGGCUCACACCCUCGCCAAAUAUAAAAACAACAGAUGGGCGGAACUAGCAUCGCUUGGAGCUGGACAACGUGUAAGAGAUCUACUUCCGGUUUUCGACAACGCGGGGUUUAAUAAACUAGGAGCACCUGCGAGCCGCAUCAUAAAACCUCAAAGAAACUGACGUUUCCUUUUUAAGGGCAACUGAGCAUGACGACCGUCCAUUAUCUUUAACAAAUUAACUACGAAAAAAUCUUAAAUUUUUUUUUAUGUCUCAAGAAUAAAAAAAAAGGAAAAUUAAUUUUAUGGGCUUAAAACUUAAUUUAUAAAAAGAAGCCCGUAAAUAAAUUUCAAAAAUAAUGACACUAAAAAAAAAAAAAAAAAAAUUUUGCCAUACUAAUUUUCAAGAAUUUCUAACUGACGAAUGCUUGGGUUUGGAAAAUUAUCAACGAGAUUCUAUUAUAUUUAUGAUAAUAAUGUAAAUGAAAUAAAAUGCUACGAAUUUUGUAAAUUAAUAUUUUAAGUAUAUUAAUUAUAACUUGCUGGUAAACACCACAGAAAAACUAGUCACAAUGUAAAGUCUGCAGUUACGUAAUUUAUAGCCAAUAUUUUAAUUGAACGAUUAAUAAUGGAGUCAAUGUGGCAGGAGUAAUCUACUAAUGAAUUGUAAAAUUAUAUUCAACUACUUCAUAUCUGCAUAAUUUUAAUUGUACGACUCUCAAAAGCCUGUAUUUAAUACAUUCAAAAUUGCCGCA